AUGGCGGAUAGUGACUGUAGAACCAGGCUUUUCUCUAGUCCGGAAGGCUGCUCGUUAGCUCUGAGCGACAGCGCGAGGAGCGGCAGCGGCAGCGGCAGCGGCAGCAGCUGCAGAGCCAGCGAUUCUAGCAACAAUAUUGCCGGCAACAGCGUUAGCGCUGGCAGCAGGAUUAACGCCGGCAGCAGCAGCAGCGGCGGCCGAAACGCCGCGGCGCACCUCAAGGCAGUGCUGGCAACAGUGUUGGGCGAGUUCCGUGACGUUGACACGACAGAAGCAGUGUCGCAGAUUGCAGAGCUCUGCCAACUGCUCUCAGUCACCGACCCGCACUGUCUUCCCAGCGCAGUGACUCACCUUUCAACGCGCGCAUGGCACUGCGAGCAGCUGCUGCGGCGGAUGCAGCAGACCCAGGCCAGCCUGCAGACAAGACAGGAGCAGGUCACAGCUCUGGCUGAGUGCAUCGAGAGCUGGAAGGCGCAGCUGCCAUCGGACGAUGACAUCAGCAGGGCCACUGAUGACGUGGCAGACAAAAUCAGGAGAACGGCACAGGAGCAGCAGCAGCUGAGCCUGCAGCGAUCUGCCGCUCAGGGCUCACUAGAAGCUGCGGGGUACAGUGCUGACGUGGACAUGGCUGCCCUGUUACAGCUGGCAGCGGAGGUGCAGGGGGAGGAGGAGGAGGUGGGGCGCCUGCAGCAUGAUCUCGCCAUCUACUCUGACCUGCCCACGGUGCGGUGUGGACAUCAAUCUCGCGCGGACACACUUGCAGAGGGAGAGGGAGCGCCCGAGGUCUUUCUCUCGGAAGCUGGAGGACAUCACUCUGGCUCGCACGCACCUGCAGAGGGAGAGGGAGCGCCCGAGGUCUUUCUCUCGGAAGCUGGAUGCGUGGAGCAUGGGGGAGGAGGUGGAGGGGGAGGAGGGAGAGUGAUUCCUCAGUGUGACUCGUCCCCCCCCCUGUGUCUGCCCCCCUCAGGACAUCACUCUGGCUCGCACGCACCUGCAGAGGGAGAGGGAGCGCCCGAGGUCUUUCUCUCGGAAGCUGGAUGCGUGGAGCAUGGGGGAGGAGGUGGAGGGGGAGGAGGGAGAGUGAUUCCUCAGUGUGACUCGUCCCCCCCCCUGUGUCUGCCCCCCUCAGGACAUCACUCUGGCUCGCACGCACCUGCAGAGGGAGAGGGAGCGCCCGAGGAUAUCACUCUGGCUCGCACACACUUGCAGAGGGAGAGGGAGCGCCUGAGGGCCUUGUCUCGAAAGCUAGAGGCAUGGAGCAUGGGGGAGGAGGUGGAGGAUGGGGAGGACAGGGAGGGGUACGGGCAUCAGUCUCCCGGAGAGGGAGGGGGGAUGGGGACGUGGGGCGUGGGGGGCCAAGGGGAGGGGCGUAGGGGCGUGGAGCGAUCGCCUGGUGACUCGAUGAUGAUGCAAGGUGGGGAGAGGGAGGGUGGGGACGUGGAGGAUGGGGGAGCUAUAGGAGGGUGGGGUGGGGGCUCGUGCGACACAGGGGACCGGCCCACAUGCACUGGCAGGCCGGACGGUGAAGGCAGAGGGGGCAAGGGGGAUGAGUUGGAUGCGGUGGAGUGUGGUGAGUGGCUGCAGUGGGGCGAGCUGGGUUUGACUGCGUCCAGGUGGGAUGUGGGGGAGGUGCAACUGAGGGAGGGGUGGGCCAGGGAAGAUUGGGACACGAGGGAGGGUGAGUGGGAGGAGAAGCAGGAGGAAGGGGAGGAGAAGCAGGAGGAAGGGGAGGAGGUGGAAGAGGCAGGGGAGGAGGAAGUGGAGGAGUGGGGGAAUGACGAAUUGAAGGAAGAGUCAAAGGAGGAAACGGAGCUUGCAGUUGGGAUGGGGGAUUCUGAGGGGGAAGGAGAGAAGGGGGAGUGA